AUGAAAAACAAAAUUACGCUAAACAUAUUUAUUAGAAUUGGCAUGUUUGCCAUUAUAUCAUGGAUAUGCAAUUUUAACAAUUAUGUGUUUAUAUUUAACAAAUCUUUGGAUCGAAUGUGUAACUAUGAUAGGGAAACAUAUACAAGAAAUUAUAGAUUACUAUCAAAAUAUAAAGAGGAUAAUGAUUCAAAUAAUCUAUGGUUAAAAGGAAAGUUUCCCAAUAAUGAAGUCAUUGGACAAAAAAUCACAUCUACUAAUGAAGGAGGGACUAAGAGAAAAAAUAAUCAAUCAUAUAAAUGUUCAUUAAAUAAAGCACAAUAUUACACAGAAGUUAUAGAUUAUAAUAAUGGAAUGUUUGAUGGAAAACAUUUCCAUUUUCAAAAGAAAUGGGUAAAAAAAAAAGAUUAUGAUACUUCUCUAGAAAAAAAGAACAGAAUUGGUGAUAUAUCUUUAAAAAAAAUAAAAUUUAGAAGUUAUAAAUUUGGAAUUGCCAUAUUAUUAGUUUUUUUUCUAUUGGGAAUAGGAUUACCGGUAUCCAGUGCAUUUGGGCUUUCCGAUGGUAGUGUCACAGAAAAAAAUGAUAUUUUAUCUUUUCUUGAAAGUACGCUAGGUUUAGGUAGUGAAACAAAUGCUUAUAUAUUAUUAUUUUUAGUAACGUUCAUUAUGUUAGCAGUCUUGAUUAUAAUAGCUAUUUAUAAGAUCUUAAGAAAUAAUGAAAAAUAUCAAAAAAUUAAGUUGAUGAUGGAGUAA